CCCGCUUUCGUAUCAUCACUUCACCGUCGCGGACAUUCGUCCAUAAUUUCCCAACCUCAUCCACGCUGGCUUCACAGCCAUGUCCAAAUUCGCCCCGACGCCGGCGGAGGUCGCCCUCGUUAAUCAAAUCUUCACCCAGGCCGAUACCCAGAAACUGGGCGUCAUCACUGGCGAUGCUGCCGUCAAGAUAUUCAGCGGCGCCAAGCUUGCGCCCACCGUGCUCGCGGAGGUUUGGAGCCUCGCAGACGAGGAUAAUAAUGGUGUGCUGACCCGCAAGGGGGUCGCUAUCGCUGUGCGUCUCCUGGGUCAUGCGCAGCGGGGCGAGAAGAUUACCGAGGCGAUGAUUAACCAGCCUGGCCCUAUCCCAACUAUCGAGGGACUUGCAUCACCAAUUUUUCCCCAGUCUACCGGCGUUCCCACACCACGCUCCCCACCUCCCGUUUCACUUCCCCUGUUGACCGCGCAAGACAAGGCCAAGUUUAUGAAGAUCUUCUCUUCGUGCGGACCCACGAAUGGCCUUCUUGGAGGCCAGAAGGCCAAAGACGUGUUCGUCAAGUCCAAAUUGCCUGUGGAUAAGCUCUCGCAGAUAUGGAAUCUAGCUGACACGAAGAACCGUGGAGCAUUGGACGAUGUCGACUUCAUCAUCGCAAUGUAUCUCAUUCAAGCGUCCAUGUCAGGACAGCUGCAAACGCUUCCGUCAAUACUACCUCCUGGGCUCUAUGAGCAAGCGGGAGGUAAGCCGACCUUCGACGGCGUUGCGGUGCAUGCAACAGGCGGAAGCGCAUCAUAUAGCCCGUCCAUGAACUCAUUCCCCAUGCGGCCGAUGAGCAUGAUUGAGCCGCAUUUCACGGGCCAGGGCUCUCCGCUCCACCCACAGAUGACGGGACAGGCAAGACAGACACCGGGCGGGCUGCCCCUCCCUGCGCGGUCCUCCGUCCCACAGACAUCAUCGACAUUUCCAUUCGUGCAGCCGCAAGCUACAGGGUCAGCGCAGCAGUGGGAUGUGACGCCGGCAGAGAAGGCGAACGCGGACCGCCUAUUCGAAACCUUAGAUACCCAGAAGAAAGGUUACAUUGAAGGCGACAUCGCUGUUCCGUUCAUGCUGCAGUCCAAGCUGUCCGAGGAGGUUCUUGCGCAAGUGUGGGAUUUGGCCGACAUCAAUAACGACGGUCGCCUGACGCGAGACGGGUUCGCUGUGGCCAUGCACUUAAUUCAAGCUAAGUUGAACGGAAAGGAGAUUCCGAACACGAUUCCGCUUUCGUUGAUACCCCCUUCCAUGCGUACAGUAAUUGGCACUACCCCCGCACCAGCGCAACCGUUGGUGACGGAUUCUAUCCGGGAUCUUUUGUGGGACGAAUCUCCGCCGGCCUCUGCAACGGCGCCCCCGCAGCAACAAGCCAUUCUUCAGCCCCACAGCACCGGUACAAUGUCAACGCGACCACCACAAACCAUGUCGCCUCCGUCACGUAUGCCGACAAUGCCAGAUCCAUUUGCCGCGAGCUCACCAUUCCAAGUACCAGCCCCGGCUCCCCAUAAGGAUCUUCUAGGAGAUGACGAGGACACGGCGCACGCUGCAUCUCCUCCACUGCAGGAUCAAUCAGCAGAGAUAGGUAAUACCAAGAAUCAGCUUAACUCGACGAACAAAUCUCUGGAGACGGCCAAGGCCGAGCGGGAGAGCGUGGAGCGGACGUUGUCUGAGCAGGCCGCGCAGCUCUCGGCAUUGCAGACGCAGCUGUCUUCUGCCAAGGCGGCUUACGAGACGGAGACUCGUCUGCUCAGCACCCUUCGCGAGCGAUUUGCUAACCAAGCAGCUGACAUACAGAAGGCCAGGGAAGAGCUCAUCCAUGGCGAGAGCAACCUGAGUGCUGUGCGGGUCGAGAAGGCAGAGGUCGAAGGUGCCCUUCUGCGAGACAAGGAGGAGGUCCGCGAUUUGCAGCGCAAGAUGACUGAGGUCGGGAUGCAAGUCGAGACGUUGAAGGUAGAGGUCGAGAAGGCGAAGAAGGAGGCGAAACAGCAGAAGGGUCUCCUUGCGAUCGCGAAGAAGCAGUUGGCACAUCGCGAGGCGGAUAAGGCCAAGGUGGAGAAGGAGCUCGAGGACGCUCAGCAGGAGGUUGCGUCCAUUACCAAGGAGCGUGAAGAAAGUGAAGCUGAGUUGGCAAAGGAGACCCCAACGUCCAUGACAAACGGCCACGGCGAACCGGCUGCAUCGCCCGACAUUCUGGCCAUUGCCGCAGCUCAGCCUUUGCCAGCUACUCCGGAGCUGGUUCCCACUAGCCCGACUGGUUCUGUCAUGAGCCUAGGCAAGAGCAACAACCCAUUCGACAGGGUAGCCAUAGCUUCAGGGACAGGGUCACGCUCGCAAUCACCCUUCCUUCCCUUCACGAACUCAGCGGUACUGCCGACUCCUACGAUUGCUCCUGCCGAGCGGCCUGCAGAAGCUCGUACUGCUUCGCCUGCUCUUUCGACUACGGCCGCAAACCCAUUCCGCUUGCCUCAGGCGUCUUCAAAGGAAGAAGCGCCCGCUGCACCUCAAGCGCCUUCGGAACUUGUGAAGCAGGCUACUGGUGCGUCCGAGGGUGGUGUGCUGUCUCCGACGGACACGGACCUGUUCAGCACGCCUCCUACCACUGCGACAGUACUCACACCGAGCCCUGCCCCGCAACCGCAAGGAGAAGCGCAGGGAAAGACGCAAGCUAUUCCAGCUGAGCCGACACCUGCUCCAACUCCCGUUCCCGCUACCAUCGAGGUUCAGGAGCCCGCUCAGGCCGAGGGUGCGCCAAACGCACAGGAAGAGAAGCCUGCUGCAGAGGAGCAGACGGAUCUGAGCCAUCAGCUGAAAGAGCUCGACGCGGAAGAGUCCGACUCUGAGAGCGACUACGAGGAGAAUGAGCCUCUGGCCACUGUCAAGACGAGGCUCAGCAAAGACCUCACCGGAAGCGAUGCCAAUGGCCAUGCUGGACCAUCCACACAUGCCUCCUCUGCUCCACCUAGUGCAGUGUCUGAGGAUCCAUUUGGUGCUUCCUUCUCUACGACGGAGUCGCCGCAGCCUGCUUCACCUGCUCAGCCAGCCCCAUCAAUCCCCGCUCCUAGUCAACCUCCAGCAGCAUCGGCGGCGGAUUUUUUCGGAGCACCGUUCGUCCCAUCCACGACACCGUCCGUUCCGUCAACUGCACCGUCGGCGCCUGUGCCAGUCCCGUCUAACGCACCUGCAGAAGCCAUCUCCCUUUCCAAUGGAAGCGUAGCGCCUACUCCUGGUGUUAAUGAUUUCGAUGAAGCCAUGGGCAAGAUCUCCGCCAGCCCAAGUACUAGCGGUGGGCCCUCUCAGCCCUCACAAUUCUCGUUUGACUCUGCGUUCGACGACAAUUUCGACUUCGCUGCUGCAAAUGCGGCUGCCAAUCAGACGCCCACGGUCAAUGGGCAUGGAAAUGCGGCUACUGCCACGACAACGUCUUCUCCACCGAAUGCGUUCGAUAGCGUUUUCAUGACUCAGCACAGCACGAGCGCCGUUCAACCUUUUCAUGUGAACACUCAGCAGCCGGCUGCAGUGGCCUCAAGUCCGUUCGGACAGCCCGCUCUCCCUGCCCCGCAGCAGACAAGGCCUUUCUCUUUUGACGAUGCUUUCGGGUCAAGCGCGGGUGAUGCGAACCACACCAGUCCCGGCAACGUUGCGCAAGCGAUCAGUUUUGACGACGCAUUUGGAGGCCGUUCUUCUGCGCUGGCACUUGAUUCGUUCAGCGCGGGUUCCCAGCAUCCCGCUGUCGGGUCUGCGCAACAAAUGAGGGCUGGUCAUCCGUUCCCUACGACCACAUCUCCCCCCUUGUCUCCGACCGGGACCGCUUCGCCCCAGCUGAGCGCCCGCCGAUCAUCAUCGCCUCCUCGACACGCGUCGCCUCCGCCUCGCCAUUCGUCACCCAAGCCUCGGCCGUCAACUUCAUUGUCCGAUAAAGUGCCAAAUGUCAGGCAUUCUAAAUUGAGUCUCCGAUUGCCGUUCGGAAGGAAGAAGAAAAGUCAUGAUACUCCGCCUGUCCCUCCACCACCGUUGCCUUCGCAUCAGAUUGUGGAGGAUCCCACGCCAGCGGUCGAUGACGAUAUCGAGGCAGUGAAGCAGCUCUGUGGCAUGGGCUUCAGCAGAACGCAGGCUGUGGCGGCUCUCGAGAUGCACGGAUACGAUAUGCAAAGGGCGCUGAACAGCCUGCUCGGUGAGCAAAGUGGGUAGACGUCCGGAACCGCUCUCAUGCUUAUGAUUCUAUUGUACUAGGUACGGCGUAAUACGAUUGAUCUUACCUUAUUAAAUGGACUCUUCACUUGCUUUUCUUUUGCACCUGCUCUUCAUGCCAUUCGCACCCACACGUUCGUUCCGAAACUACUCGUAUGACCCUCCUUAUUCCCCAUGUUUUCCUUGCCUUAAAUCCGACGUCCCGUUGAGUUUGCAUCGGAUUGGCAGUUCCUUGUCUGUGCCCUUGUAGUAAGAUUUGCCUGCUUCCACUUGCCGCUCUAUAGAGCAGCAUAGCUAUAUGGAUGACCAAUACCCGAAUACAUCGGUACGACUGACAUACCAAUGCGCCUGAGCCACAUUACAUAGGAAACCCGAGUCUGAUAGUAACUCGAGUCUGCACGUACGUGUAAGGACAAUGCAGGUGUGGUAAUCACAUCAGGUUGCCGCCGCUGUCGCGGCGACAAGGCGC